GAUGACAAUACACAUAUAGUAAUGAAGAAUCUAUUUGUUUUCUUACUAAUUAAUCAAUUUAACUCUAAUAUUAUACUCGAGUUUUCCCUGCACAAUUUGAUAAAACUUUAAUUUGAAAAUAAAUUGAAGAAUGAGAUUUGUUCCUAGCAAGUACAUUGAUUAUGCUUGGCUCUUGGGUGGUUCUUCUAUUGGUUAAAAUGGAAGAAAACCUCUACAUUUGAAGGGUUCCAUUUGAAUUAAAGCUAUUAGCUUAACUAGCUCAAGGAUAAUGCAUUACAAUUUUUUAUUUUUUUUUUUGGGGGUCACUCCACACACACACACACACACACACACACAAAUUAUAUGUAUAUUUUUCGAAAACCCCAUCUAAAAUUAAGUAGGAUUUAUAUGUCCAAGUCAAAUUCAAAGAAAUAAAAUAUUAAUAAAGCAGUUCAUAUUAUAUAAUAUGGGGGAUAAGAGCCCAUCGUGAUUCAGACCAUAUAUUUCUUUCCAGACCUGCAGAGAAAAAAAAAGAAAAAAAAAGAAAAAGGGAUCAUAUGGAUCAAAGAAAGCAAUAUUUGACUCCAAUGUUUUGUCUUCUGAUCAUAUUUUCGUGCAAACCAAAUAGGAUAUCAUCGAAUCCUACAACAAAUAGCAGCAAACAUUUUGUAUUGGUUCAUGGGUCAUGCCAUGGAGCUUGGUCUUGGUACAAACUCAUAGCCCUGCUAAAAUCUUCAGGUCACACCAUCACAGCCCUUGAUCUGGCGGCUUCUGGUGUCGAUCUAAACCGUGCAAAUGAUCUCCCAUCGAUUUCCGACUACUUUAAGCCUUUGAGGAAAUUCAUGGCGGGUCUUCAUCUACAUGAAAGAGUAAUCCUUGUUGCUCAUAGCCUUGGUGGGUUGGCAAUUUCUCAAGCUAUGGAGAUUUUUCCACACAAGAUUUCUGUGGCUGUUUUUGUCACUGCUUUGAUGCCUGGUCCGGCUCUCAAUAUUUCCACUCUUAAUCAAGAGUCAUUCAGGAGGCAAAAUUCACUGAUGGACAGCCGUUAUACAUAUGACAAUGGCCCAAAUAAACCUCCAACUACUUUUGUGUUUGGCCCACUAUACUUGGCUUCAAGAGUAUAUCAGUUUAGCCCACCUGAGGAUCUGGCAUUGGCCACAGUGUUAAUGAGGCCACGACCUUUGUUUAGUGAAGAGGACAUGUACAGGGAACUAAUAGUAUCCGAAAAGAGAUACGGGUCGGUUAAUCGGGUUUAUAUAGUAUCGGAAAAAGAUAUGGUGGGAACGAAGGACUUCCAAUGGUGGAUGAUUGAGAGGAAUAAACCUAAUGGUGUGGUGGAAAUCAAAGGAUCGGAUCACAUGGUGAUGAUGUCUAAGCCAUUAGAGCUAUGCUUUCAUCUACAGGCCAUUGCUGAGGAAUAUUCUUAAUAGUGAUGAGAGAUUAAUUGAACAGGGGCAUUUUGGGAGGUGCAUGGCUGGUCCCCUUAUCCUGACACUGCAAAUUAUCUGCCUCUCCAGUUCCAAUAACAAUAAUGAUAAUGGUAGUAAUGGUAGCAGCUGACCAGCGGGAUAGAAAGCCACACACAUCCGAACUGCGGCUUCUUCUCUUGUACCAAACACGCUCAAUUAAGUCAUCAAGUCGAUUUCCUUUUCUGGUGAAUAAAUAAAGUCCAUGUCCUUGAUAAAUCUCCUAUAUGUAAAGGCAGCAACCAUGCUAUAUUAAAUGAUUGUAUUGAAAUUAUGUACCUUAAAAGAAUUCUAAUCUAGAUUUUUUUCUUUUUUCAGAUUAA